AUGGAUAUUGAUGAUAUUUUAAAAGAGUUAGAAAGUGAUAUUAAUUUGAAAAGACCCAAGUCUGUAAAUUCAGCUAAAAUAAAAGAAGAUGAAUACAAAAAGUUGGUUCAAAUUUGGAUAUCAGAAAGAAUGUCACCAGAGCUACUUCCCUACGAGAGCGAGUUAAUAGAGACUAUUUUAAAACGAUUGCGAUCUCAAGUAGAGAUAAUCGAGUUGAAUUCUAUAGAAUUGGAAAAAAAUGACAAAGAUAUCAAGUUGAAGUUGCUCAUCAUAGAGAGCGAGAUUGAGAGAAUCAAUUUUUUAGUUCGAUCGUAUUUGAGGUUGAGAUUGUUUAAGAUUGAUGAGUAUAAUUUGUUUAUAAAUAAUUCAGAUCAAGAGAUGGUCAAGCUAAGUAAAAACGAAUUAAACUAUAUGGUUAAUCAUUUCAAGACGAUUUGCCAGUUAUACAAUGACAGUUUUUUGAAAAAUGUGCCAGAACAUUUACAAUUGUUAGAUGAUGAAAGUGGAGGGAUAUCGAUGAUAAACAAACCAGAUUUAGACAAGAUGGUUUUCAUAAAAGUGAUAAAUGAGAUAGCAGAGGAAAUAACAGUUGGAGAAGACGAUAAGGUUGAGCUAGAGAAGGAUUUUAUCUAUGCUAUAAGAUAUAGAUCAGUUAAAAGAUAUAUAGAUAGUAAAGACAUUGUAUUGAUAUGA